CCGGGCCGGGCAGGAGGCAGCUUGGUCUGCUGCUAUGCCACGGCUGCAACGACACACGACGUACUGGUGUGUCCUCUUCUUGACACUCUGCCUCAACUGCGUCCAUCCACAGAUUCAAGUAUACAUACCGCGAUCACCUCAAGCUAGCUACUCCAAUCGGCAGGGCUCUUGUUCACACGAGGGUGAUGGCCACUGCAGCUUUGUGCUUGCUUGUCUCCUGUCCGGGGGCACAUCUACAGGACGAUGCGGCGGAAGCCUCCUCUACACUUGCUGCGUGCGUCCUACAACGCGUUCAUCGUACUUGGCACCGGCACCCGUGCAAGCAGUUAGUGUCGCAGGCAGGCCUUCCACUAGGGCGAAACAACGAAAGAUACACCAUCACAUCGUUGACGACGAUGACGUCUGCGGUCGUUCAACAAACAGGCUGCAGAGGAGGAUUAUUGGCGGAGAAGAUGCACAGUACGGAGAGUUUCCUUGGCAGGCCCACAUCAAGAUAUCCAGACAGCAGUGCGGCGGUGCUCUCGUCAACCAUUACUACGUCGUUACUGCGGCACACUGCGUUCACCAUACACCGUUGCGGCGUAUCUCGGUGAUCUUGGGAGCGUACGACAUCCAGGACCAGCGCUACCAGCUAUCCAGAGCUCAACCAUACAGCGUCGUCGAAAAGAAGAUCCACCCAAACUUCGCAUUCUCUGCAUCGCAGCCCGACCGUUUCGACGUGGCCCUGUUGAGGCUGGACCGACACGUGCGCUACCAGGAGAACAUAGUACCCAUCUGCCUUCCACCGCGUGGCUGGACCUUCGAAGGCUGGCGAGCUACGGUGACCGGAUGGGGAAAAACCGACUCUACACUCAGUAAUCGCUAUGGGACUAGGGUACUGCAGAAAGUCGAGGUGCCCAUCAUUACAAGAGAAGAGUGCGAGCACUGGCAUUACAUCAGGGGCAUCCGAAUCAAGAUUCACCAGGAGAUGAUGUGCGCCGGCUACAAAGAAGGACGGAGAGACGCUUGUGUCGGCGACUCUGGCGGCCCCAUGAUGCUAAACCUGGAAAACAGAUGGACAUUGGUCGGCAUAACUUCGGCUGGCUUCGGUUGCGCCCAAUCUUUCCAACCAGGGAUAUACCAUCAAGUAUCCAUGUCUGUCGACUGGGUGCGAGCCAACAUGCAGUGAUCGUGCGGCAGAACACUUUUCAAGAAGACACAACAUGUGACGACUACGAAUCACUGUACUGGGACGCGAGACACUGCCCUUCGUGAAUGCAGCUCUGGACAAGGCAUUCUGGGCUGUACCACGUGUUGCAGGAUACCAAGUGCUUCAGUACUUCGCACCCGUGUGAUGACGGUGCCUCACAGCCACUAAGUCUGCCAACUCUUCUGCAAGCAACGGCUUUGGGAGAAGCCACGUACUUCGGAUAACCGACAAGAACGAGUACUGUCCUUGCUCCCUAUAACAUCUACACAACGAUGUGUUCAAAAAGAUACGCAUAUCUCUUCAUGUCACGAAGAAUGAUCUUUUACUGCCUA